AUGGAAGAUAUUAUUGAACUUGAAACAUUUUUAACAUCAACUAUAAACGAAAUAACAAAUGACAAUGAUGAGGAACAGUUAGAUCCGACUUCAAUUGCACAUAGUCCAUAUUAUGGUUGUACAGUACGUGUUAUUUCAAAAGCAAAACUAACAUAUGAUGGGAUAUUGGAUGCAAUUAGUACCGACAAAGAUAUUAUUGUUCUUAAAAAUGUCAAAGUAAAUGGAUUAAUUCGUACAUCUUUUAAGAAAAACAAAGAUAAUGACAAAAAUCAUAUACCGAUGAAUAAUGACCAAAAUAAAGACGAUGAUAUUAACAGUGAGCAGUUGAAAGCUGCCAUGCUCGAUCAUUUAACCAGUGAUUUUCGUGUCUACGAUCAAGUAUGUCUUAACGUCCGUGAUAUUCAAGAAUUAAAACUUAUUCAAAUGCCAGAUUUUCAUCAUACAAAACAAAAAUUACGUUCAAUUGAUCCAUGUUUAAUUGAUAUUAAAUUGUCCUCAGACGAUCAAUCCGAUUAUUUCAGCAAUAAUCAGUCUAUCAAUAAUACUACAAUAACGCGACGAUCACCGUCACAGCCAACAACAUCUACAUGGAUAAACUCUCAUGAUCUUAACGAUUCACAAUCGAUAAAUCACCAACUUCCAAUAUCUCCUACCAAUGAUUUACCCAGUUUGCAACUAUCUAGUUCGAAUGAAUCAUCAUUCAGUCAAGGCAGCGCUGUUGCAGAUGAAAGUAACGAUGAUUCAAUAGAUGAACAAUUGAAUAAAUUCAACAAACUUAAAAUAAACAGUUCGAAGCCAGUAACAAAUCCAAUUUCUCGUACAGAGAACUCAGCCACUUUAAUUGCAAAAAAGAUUCUUUCACGAAAAGUAGAAAAACGACCGGAUCCUGUUCAUUCACCAAUUGAUACAAAUACGUCCGCUGGUCGAAUGUUACCAUUAAAAUAUCUUUUUCCAGAUAGUAAAGAAUCCGUGUAUGGCAAUCUAAAAACAGCGCCAAAAUCUGUUAAUAAUACAAUUAAGAAACCACCUUUGAUGGAGCGUCGAAAAUCAUCACCUAUUCGAGUAACAAUAACGAGUACACUUAAUCCAAAUGCGCCACCAUUUAUAGUACCCGAAAAUACGAAUGGUUCUAGAAAACCAAAUCCAAAUAGAAUUUUGUCACAGAAUCCGAGUUAUCCAUCGUUUACGUUUUAUGAAAAACGUCGAUUUCGUCCACGUUUACAGCCAGUACAUUCACCAGAACGCAUGCCGUACGGUAUCAAUCCGAAUCCAAGAUUUAUGCCUCCAACAAGACAAAUCAUAAAGCGCAACUUUAAUCAGCAAUUACCAAACAGAAUGUCACUACACAAUCCGCAACAAGUACAUCCAUCGUCACAAACAAUAAAUCGCACUCGUCAGAAUUCAACACCAGACAGGCGGUAUUAUAACAAUAAUACUAAAUCGACUACGAUUCAGCAACAAGGAGGAUACUCGUAUCCUUAUCCGAAGAAAAAAGCAAUCAGUUAUGAUUCUCUUGAACCAUCGGUACAACAACAAGGAUUUCCAGAAUUUCAGCGACAAAAUUCAACAAGUGUCUUGGAUAAUCAAACUUCUGUACCACACACAUCUCACCUAUUAUUUAGUCAAUCAAACGCACCACUAAUUAAAGAGAGACAUUCUGCACGUGAAACAACAGCUUAUAACCACAGUACACGCUCUCUUCAGGCAAGUUCAAGUAUGCCGCAAACGUGGGAAAUACAUUCAGCAAGAAAUCAUUUGGCUCUUCCUCAAUCUGGUGAAUUUCACCGACGUGGUCAACGAACGAUUAGUGGUACGAGUAGUGGAAGUAGUUUGAGUUGUGACAUCUACAUUGGUCCUCAUUCCGUUUCUCAAGUUGCGUACGGUCAACAACGAACGGAUAUUAUAACCGAUGAUAACAAUGAAAAAGCAUCAGAUUAUGAUUUUGAAAAGGCAAAUAAUGAAUUUCGACGAUAUGUGGAACUAGAACAGUUAGUCACAAGAAAAACACCUGAGAUAGAUUCCGAUCAACUGUAUAAGAAAGAGUUAUCAUUUUUUGAUCGUAUCUCUUGUGCAGCAACAACUGGAACAGCGGUAGGAUAUGCAGAAAUACCAGAAGAUGAAAGAAAUUUGGAAACAUUUGGUGAAGAUGCAUUACUAACAGCCGGAGAGAGUGUAUGGGAAUAA